UAUUUGGUCAGGUCAAACUCCAUGAGCUGAUGCUAAAUAAUAAAUUUAAUUUAGUAAACUGGGAAUGAACUGGCACAAAAGGCAGUGCAAGGAGAUUUAAGGUUAUUUAUAACAGAAGAAUCCUAAUUAAUGCAUUACAUGGAGCAUCCAUGAAACAUGUUAUGCUAGCAAUUGGAAAGGACAGUUUCACAUGGGGAGGAAGACUGAAGACUGAAGACAGAAGAAGAGUACCCUUUCUUUUGUCAUCUUCAAUCUUCUUUUUUUCUUCAUCAUCAAAUUUCCAAAUCUUGAAAAUUUCUAACAUUUUAGGGUUUUCAUUUUCUUGAUUUUCUUGAAUUGGUAAUUUCUUGGUUUUCUUUGGUAUACAAUGAGGAGUUUAGCAACUUGUUACAGUGAACAUGCCAUUAAAGUAUCAGAUUCAUAUUGUUCCGGUCCUUCGAAUCGAUCUUAUAUUUCUCCUAAUCAAACACCUUCAAUUCCUAAUUCUGUUACUUGUAUAUAUAAACUCACACUCUCUUCAAUUUCUCUAAAAACCUUGUUUAUCACCCUCAAAUGGUGCAAGAAACUCUUAAUUAGCCAACAAACUUUAUUUUCCAUUGAUGUUAGUGAUUCCAUUUCAUCCCCUUCUGCAAAAUCUAAUUCAAAUUCCCAUUCUUUCAGAAAAAUUAAAGGCUCGAAAACAUUCCAAUCUUGCAAUUCAAAGAUUGAGGUUUAUUGGGAUCUUUCUUCUGCUUAUUAUGAUACAAGUCCCGAGCCGGUCAGCGCGUUCUACGUGGUGGUUUUGGUUGAUUCAGAAUUAGCCCUAUUUCUUGGGGAUGAAGAUAACGAUAUUAAUGAAGAAUGGUUCAAGACCAAAACAAAAUCAUUGUCCGAAUUGAAGUCUUCGUUAGUUUCGCGCAGCGAGCAAUUCUCCGGGAACGGGAUUUAUUCAACGAAAGCGCAGUUUUCUGAUUCAGGAAUGUCACAUGAUAUAUUAAUCAAGUGUAGUGGAGAUGAAGAAGAUCCUAGUCUUGUACUGUCCGUGAGCAUUGACAAGAAGAUAAUUUUUAAAGUGAAGAGAUUGAAAUGGAAUUUUAGAGGGAAUCAGACAAUUUUCUUGGAUGGAUUAUUGGUAGAUAUGAUGUGGGAUUUGCAUGAUUGGUUCUUUAAACAGACAUCAUCAUCAGCUUCUGGUUCUGCUGUUUUUAUGUUUAGGACAAGAAGUGGAUUAGAUAGCAGAUUAUGGCUUGAGGAGAAGAGUUUAGGGCAGAAAGGACUUGACCAAUCAGAAUUUUCCUUGUUAAUUUGUGCCUGUAAGAAUCCUGGGUGAUGGUUUUUUUUUUUUUUUUUUUUUUGCAGUUGCUUUUUUAUUAUAUAUACUUUGUUUAUUUCUUUCAAAAGAAAAGAAAAGAAAAUUCUCUUUGAUGAUGUGAA